CCCACCAUCCACUAACUGAGGAGAUACCCACUAAUAUCACCACUAUCCACUAACAUCCACCGUCGUCCAGCGACGUCCACCAAUGCCCAUGGGCCCCGCCGUCCCGGUGUCAACUCCCGAGCGGAGAGGUGGCGCAUCACAAGCCUGGGCUUCGGUUCGCCUCCACCCGAGCCUCUGUCUUUUUGUUCUUACCAUGCUCAAUUUCAGAUCCCAUUUUCACUUUCCUCUCCUUCACCCCCCCGACCAUUGCUUCCUGGCUCUGUUAUAAUAUUUGUUCAAAGAUUUCCUCGUCCAAUUCGUCCAGAAGCCCCAACCGAUAGACGAUAGAGGCCUCGCGCAAUCGCCACCUUACUUUAUCUACCAUGUCCAUCGAGCGCAUUUCUUCUAUUGCGAGGCACCUCAAUCCGGGGUCUGCCCUUAACAAAAUCCAGUCCAAAAACCCCGAUGACAUCGUAAUUACCCUCGCCAUCCGCACCCCCCUCACCAAGGCGAAGAAGGGCGGCUUCAAAGACACCUCCCUCGAAUACCUCGUCUACGCCCUCCUCAGCCAAGUCCGCCAGCGGUCCAACAUCGACCCGGCCCUGGUCGAGGACAUCUGCCUCGGCAAUGUCUCCGACGGGAAAGCCGCCUACAAGGCCCGCGCCGCCGCCCUGGCCGCCGGCUUCCCCAACACCGCCAGCGCCUCGUCCGUGAACCGCUUCUGCUCGUCCGGGCUCAAGGCCACCGCCGACAUCGCCAACGCCAUCUCCGCCGGCAACAUCGAGGUCGGCAUCGCCAUCGGCGCCGAGUCCAUGACCGUCGGCGGCGACCGCCUCGAGAAGCCCUUCGACGACGCCGUCGUCAGCGCGAGCCAGGAGGCCGCCGACUGCAUGCAGCCCAUGGGGUGGACGUCUGAGAACGUCGCCCGCGAUUUCGGCAUCUCCCGCGAGCAGAUGGAUGUCUACGCCGCCGAGAGCUUCCGCCGAGCCGAGGAGGCGCAGAAGCAGGGCCUCUUCGAUGAUGAGAUUGCCGCCAUUGUGACCAAGUUGAAGGAUGCCGAGGGCAACGAGAAGGAGGUUACCGUCACCCGCGACGAGGGUAUUCGCCCGGGUACCACGGCCGAGGGCUUGGGCAAGAUCCGGGCGGCGUUCCCGCAGUGGGGGAAUGCCAGCACUGGCGGUAACUCGAGCCAGGUUACUGAUGGAGCCGCCGCCCUCCUCCUCAUGAAACGCUCCACCGCCGUCCGCCUCAAUCAGCCCAUCCUCGCCAAGUACGUCGCCUCGACCGUCGCCGGCCUGGCCCCGCGCAUCAUGGGCAUCGGCCCCUCCGUCGCCAUCCCCAAGCUCCUCUCCCAGGUCGGCAUCGCCCCCGCCGACGUCGACGUCUACGAGGUCAACGAGGCCUUCGCCUCCAUGGCCGUCUACUGCCGCGACAACCUCGGCCUCGACUGGGCCAAGAUGAACCCGCGCGGCGGCGCCAUCGCCCUCGGUCACCCGCUCGGUGCCACCGGCGCGCGCCAGGUCGUCACCGGUCUCAGCGAGCUGCGGAGGCAGAAGAAGAAGGUCCUCGUCGUGAGCAUGUGUAUUGGCACGGGCAUGGGUAUGGCCGGGUUGUUUAUCAACGAGGCUGUGUAAGAGAAUGUGUAUUUUGCUGGUCCUGUACGAAAUAAAUCGACUUUAAUUAUAGUCGUUCAGUCUAUAUACGUGAUGCCCGGGAAAGAACUCGUCUGGGAUUUGCGUAAUGUUGGCCUAGUAGUAGGGUAUGUCUAUUAUUUCUUAUUUCUAUAUAUCUGUAUACUCCG